AUGCCAACGAGCAACGGUACGCCGACGCCGGCACGGCCAUGUUUCGCCAAACCGACCGUGAAUGCCGUCUCCGAUGAACGCGGUCCGCUCCUUGCUCACUACACACGAUUCUCACAUCAACAACAAAACGACGCACUCGAACAGCAAUGCGAGCUCACCUCGGAAUCCGACCUUUCAUGGACGAAGCGGACGAAAUGUUACCUUUCCGAAGACAUCGACACGAAACGGACAGAUCUGGUUCUCAUCUUCUGCUUUCUUCUGACCGGGAUGAUGGAUGCCGGAGCAUAUAAUGCAUAUUCCGUAUUUGUAUCGAUGGUGACAGGAAACACCAUCUUCGUCGCCCUCGGCAUCUCCAACCUCCCCGUCGACACUCCCAACUACGCCUGGACCAAAUCCAUAACAUCCAUCCUCGCCUUCAUCGUGGGAACACUCCUCUUCAGCACAUUCCACCGAACAUUCGGCGCGCGAAAACGCUGGCCCUUGAUCCUGACCUUCGUCAUCCAAGCGAUUCUAGUCUUCAUCUCCGCAAGUCUAAUCGCAGGCCGGUCCAGCAGCGAAUCGCCCGCCAAACCCCCCACCGUGGCAAACAGGAUCUUCCCGUCGGAUCCAGGUUUCCCCUGGGCGGAUCUGAUCCCCAUCGCGUUGCUCAGCCUCCAGGCCAGCGCGAAAAUCCUCUCGAGUCGCUGGCUGGAGAGUCCACAUCUCACCACCUGCGUGUUGACCGUGUUGUAUAGCGACUUAUUCGCCGAUCCUGCUUUGUUCUCUGCGGGAUUGAUGGGGAAUGGGAAGAGGAAUCAGAGAGUCAGCGGGGCGGUGGUUUAUUUCGUGGGAGCGGCGCUGGGAGGAGCGUUGGCGAAGAGUUCGGUGGGGUUCGAAGGCGCGUUGUGGAUUUCCGGCGCGUGUAAUUUGGGGAUUGCGGGUGCGUGGGCGAUGUGGUCGAGGGAGGAGGGGAAGGGUGACGAAGAGGACUGA